UGUCACAUGAUUUAAUCGUACUUCUGGGAUCGAAAAGAUUGGAUUGCCCGUAUUUUUUAGGAGAACGUACUGAAAUUACCAACUAAAAUCAUGUAUAAUAUGCCAGAAAUGACGUUUAAUAUAAAUGAUGGAUAUUUAGAAGGGUUAAUUAGAGGCUUCAAAGGUGGAAUUUUGAGGCAAACGGACUACCUGAAUCUUGUACAGUGUGAAAUUCUAGAGGAUUUGAAAUUGCAUCUUCAAAGUACAGACUAUGGGAACUUUUUGGCGAAUGAGCCGUCCCCAUUGAACGUGUCAGUUAUUGAUGAUAAAUUAAAGGAGAAAUUAGUGAUAGAAUUCCAGCAUAUCAGGAACCAAGCUGUGGCCCCUCUAUCCACAUUUCUGGAUUACAUAACGUACAGUUACAUGAUUGACAAUAUCAUUCUGCUAAUCACGGGAACGCUUCAUCAACGAUCGAUUUCGGAACUCAUCUCCAAAUGCCAUCCCCUAGGAAGCUUUGAGCAGAUGGAAGCAGUGAAUAUUGCCAGCACGCCGGCAGAGCUUUUCAACGCUAUUAUUGUAGAUACCCCACUUGCACCCUUCUUCCAGGAAUGCAUAUCAGAACAGGAUCUGGAUGAGAUGAACAUUGAGAUCAUCAGAAACACCCUCUACAAAGCAUACUUAGAAUCCUUUUACAAGUUCUGCGAGUCCCUUGGAGGAACGACUGCUGAUGUCAUGUGCAAGAUCCUAGGUUUUGAAGCAGAUAGGAGAGCGUUCAUUAUCACAAUCAACUCAUUUGGAACCGAGUUGACCAAAGAAGACCGUGCCCGGCUUUAUCCUCAAUGCGGCCAGCUGUACCCGGACGGCCUUGCCGCUCUGGCCAAGUGCGAUGACUACGAACAAGUACGGUCUGUGGCUGACUACUAUACGGAAUACAAGGCAUUGUUUGAAGGCGCCGGAACCAACCCUGGUGACAAAACAUUAGAAGACAAAUUUUUUGAACAUGAGGUCAAACUGAAUGUGCUAGCCUUCAUACAGCAGUUCCACUAUGGCGUGUUCUAUGCUUACCUCAAGCUAAAGGAACAGGAAUGCAGGAAUAUCGUCUGGAUCGGAGAAUGCGUGGCGCAACGGCAGAGAGGCAAAAUUGACAACUAUAUACCAAUCAUGUGAUAAGGCAUAGCACCUCUCCAGGCUGACUACACAGAAUACAUAACAGAUACUUAACAAAAAAUAAAUUUAAAAAACGCAGAGCUAUAUAACACAAGAUACCAACAUCUUUACCAUAUAAUACCUAUAUUAUAUAUAAAUAAUGAAGAUGAUUAUAUUGCAUAGUUAUUAUAUUUAUUUGAAAUUAUGAGAUGCAUGUGAGUGUAUAUUUGUGUGAGUAGUUGUGAUUUAUAAAUUAUUAAUCUGAUGUGAUCAGAUGUUUUUAUUUCGGCAAUACAGUAUCAAGUUUGCUAGACCAUUCCAGUAUCAAGAUUGGUUAGUGUGAAUAUUAAGGUUUAAGUACAGCAUGUAAUGGAUAUAAAAGGGAUAUCGUAAAUAAUUAGGUAAGAGCUGAUCAAAUAUUUAGACGCAUCGAUUUGAUUUUUUUUUUUUCAAAACUUAUUCUCAAAGCACAGGGGAAUUUUCAAAAAUUGAUAUAUACAAUCUUUUGCAAGCCUUUUACGGGGUGGAAAACAUGGGGAAAAUGUUUACACGUGCCUUUCGUGUGGUGUAAAUUUGUAUGACUAAAAAAAAUUGGAUCUUUUUAAAUGGGUUAUACAAAAUUAUAUUUGACAUAAAACAUUAUAAGGCCUAAAAAAAAUGUUUGUCCUAACUCACUGAAAUAGAGACGGCAAAACCAAAAAACUUAAAAAGAGUUUGUUUUUUUGUUUUUUUUUAGUUUUUUUCUUUACAAAUUAAAAAAAAAUGUGAGUGAAUUGAUUUUUAUUUUUUGCCAGAUGCUCUACAAAAUUGUCUGAAGUUGUUGUCUGAUGUAAGAUAUUGCCAUUCUAGGCCUACAUUCAUUGCAAAAUGUCACUUUGACUUAAUCCUCUUGGUUCCCCUGGGGAGCAUAGGGCGUCCACUGUAAGUCUCCAUCUCACCCGUAUCUGUGCCUCAGCUUUGUUUUCCACCCAUGUAAUAUUGAUAUUUUUCAGAUCUUGUAGAGUGGAGAGAUGCCAGUUGUUCUUGGGUCUGCCCUGUAUUCUUUCCCCCUGCGGGUUGUAGUCUAGGGCCUGCUUGGUGACAUUUGUAGGGUCUUUCCUUAAAGAAUGGCCUAUCCAUCCCCAAUUCCUUCUCUUUAUUAGGUUGCUGAUCUCUUCCUGAUUGGUUUUACUCCACAGUUCCUUCUUGGCCACCAGAUUUUUAGGAUGUAUCUAAGGCAUUUACUGAUAAAUACUUGCAGCUUGUUUUGUAGUGAUUUUCCAUGUUUCUGAACUAUAGAGCAGAACUGGCUUGACAUUUGUAUUGAAAAUAUGCAUCUUGGUAUUGUUUGAAAUAUUUGAGGAAAUCCAUAUUGGUCGCAUGGUCCUGAAUGCAUGUCAUGCCUUUCCAAUGCGAGCCUCAACAUUCUUUUCGGCUCCAUCAUCAAUGCAAAAUGUCAACUGUAGGUGAUUUUUGUUCCAUCUGAUGAGUUAUUUUGAGAAAAAAAAAUCUUUUUGUGCCUACAAUUUUUUAUCAUUUUAAAAAGAAGGGCUAACAAACAAUUUAUUUUUUUAGGCCUAAUUAUGUAUCCUGUGAGAACUCAAUGUUUUUUAAUUCUUUAUGGUAUGGAAUAUUUUUUACUCAAAAUUAAGAUCUGCGACGACUGUUCAAAAAAGUUUUUACACAAAAUUUGUGCUAAGCGUGGAAAGAUCACCUUUUUUGUGAUGCUUUUUUGAGAGAGCUGCUUGUUUGAUCAUUUACGGUAUUAACUACAUCGCUGUAUAUUUUCUAGAUUUCAAUAAUCUGUCGAAAAUAAUCAUUCCAAUGUAGGAAGUAAUGUAAUUCAUGUCUGUUAAUGCAUUUAUGGUUAUAUAUAUAUAUUGGUAUUGGUUAUUUUGUUUACUAACUCAACAGUAACUAUAUUUGUGACCAGCUCUGGCAAACCCUUUGUUUGUCGCAAUUUCUAAUUUCCCGCAAACACCCAAAAACGUUCGAGAAUCAGAAUUUUUAACAUUUUCAUGUUUUUUUGCAUUUCAUAAAAGGAGAUAUAUUGAAGAACAUUUCUGCAAAAAUAUCAAUCACUAAACUAAAAAGCAUAUUAAAAUUAUUUUAAAAAUACAAAUCUUAAUACUCAAAACCUACAUGGCUGAUAUCCAAUGAAUUAAGUAUUCAUAACUUCGCUAUUUACUCAACCAAUUUCGAUCAAAUAUACACUGUUUUAAAGAAUUCAGGCAGAAGUUUGAAAUACCAAAAACUCAAUUUUGAACUUUUCCUACAAACUGCUGGUUUUACCAGAGCCUGUCACAUUUGUUUAGGGCGUGUUCAUGAAUCUCGGAUUUAAUAUUGAUGAUUUUUAACUGGAGGUUGUAUAUUGUCAAUGAUAUCAGAUUGCAAAAAAAAAAAAAGUAAUAAAUAGACCCUAUAAGCAUUGUCUCAACAAGUACAUAGGUACUGUAUAUACCUAGAUAUUGAUUACUAUAAGUUCUUUUAUUUGUAAUAUAUACUGUAAUUAAUUUUCUUUGGUUAUAGUAGGAUCCACAAAGGUUUUGUCAUCCGUUGUUUAGUACAUCUCCGCCAAGUUCUGCAGAUAUAAACCUCUAAGCUAUAAAUAUACAUUGUUCUACCUGAGAAUGUCUUAUUCGGUGCCCUUGUUUUAUAUUUACAACAUAUAUUGUAUAGUAAUAAUAAUAAUAAUGAUGGUCGGUUUAUAGAGUGCAUUGUAGAGACCUUUGUGCACUUAAAAAUUAUUACCCCAGUCUUUUUGAAACACAUGUAACCAUAAUGUAGUUAUUGUUUGCAUGUUGUUGGUAGUUUCAUUUAUGAAUAAAAAGACUAUUAAAUAUUAAAAAUAGAAAGGGAAAACUUACCAUGGUAUCAAUAGCUUGUGCUCCCUGGUGUAAUAAAACAAUGUCCUAACUUGGAAUAAACCUUUGUAGUAUUUUGUUCUUAGUUAUGGGGGAACUGGAAUAAACAUUUUAGUAUAUUUUUCUUAGUUAUGGGGGGGGGGGGAAGUUCAAUUAUAUAUUGGUAUUGUUUUUUUAUCAUCUCUUGAAAAGUGUGAAGGAAAAUAAACUUUUCUUUGAUUAACACAGCUUUUACAUACAACUUAGAUUAUUGUUACAAUAUAUUACCAUACGGUUAUUGUUAUUUGGUUAUAUAGAGGGAGACACAAGUAUUGUAUGGAUGGUAUAUAAUGAUCAUGAACUACAUAAUGGUGUGAUUAGUCUGUAAAUAUUAUCAUGAUAUAUGUGUUUGGUUGUAUAGCACCCGUAUUAAAAAUAAAAUAUUACAUUAACGUUACAUUUUAAUAUGUUCACAAUUACUUAAUGUUUAAUUUAGGUGCUACCGACACACAUCUCUUAUGAAUAUGGGUAUUUAACAUGGAAUAAAGAUACCAUAAUAUGUAUAGAAAUUA